UGAAUUUUGAAAUUUUAAAUCGUGUCUUAUAUCCACCGUCACCUUGACAACAGGACAGCGGUUGUAGCCUUAUUUGCAUAAGUUAUAGACUGGUUUCUCGUCCUUUAUUUUGUGUUGUGAGGGCAAGUGGAAAAGACACAAGCUUAUUCCUUUAAUGUCCCACAUGGUUAUCUCCCAAUGCUGAAAGUGCAUGGUUUACAGGAUCUCAUGCUAACGAUGUUUCAUAGAAGGAGAAGUUGUUUACAUGUUUGUGGGGAUAAAGUCAACAACACAGUUGCCUCACAAAAUUCUCGUAAAGCUUGGUAGUGUAAACUUGAAAAGUGUAAAUGCAAGGACUUAAAAAUGGCGGGAUUUGCACCAUUUGGAAGGGACGAUCAGCCACUUUUGGAUGUCAAAAUUGUCGGUGGAAAACGCAUUGAAGUCGAAGUAGAUAAAUACGGUCAUCCCCUUCAUGUCGAACAAGGAAAGCAAAAACUAGAAGGGUCUGCUCGGUUUUCUCGUUCUUUGUCGGAAGAGAGAAAUCCACCUCGAGUCGAGAUCAAUCGAGGUUCGUCCCUUCCUCCUUGGGCAAGGGAAGGAACUCCUCCCAAAAAGAUCUUAAAGCCCUUGGGAAGUCCUGCACGAAGUGAAAGCACAGCUAGCUACAGCACCCCUGUACCAAAUUCGCCUAAAGUCCUGCCGCCGAUAAGAAGAGAGGAAAACUCAUCGCAUCGCCCUGAUUUCGGCAGUGGCAGUGACGAGGCUUUGAUGAAAGAUCUGAGGUUUAUUCUUCAACAGUUCGACACCUCAAGGCUCAAGGAAGCCUAUAUGAGUUUUGCUGGUCUAGACUCCACUCUUACUGGUUUUGUUAAUUCGGAGCAAGUACAGCAAGUGUUUCAGAGGUACAGCAUACCCAUCCAGGGUCAUCAGCUGGAGAGUGUUAUGUCAAAGUUUAUGUCUGGAAGACGGCCAAACUGGAUAAACUAUGAACAAAUGUUGAAAUUCAUCAACAAUUGUACAAAGCCAGCAGGGAGUAAUAUAAUUUCAUAUGAAAUCCCUAAGCUUGAUUUUGAAUCAAGGGACCAUUUUUUACAGAACUCUCCACUUGAUGCAACAUUGACAAUGAAACCCAAUCAAGUGUCACCAAGACCUGUCAAUGAUGGCUCGUCGACAGGCAGACAAAGUGUGGUUGCCACUAAGAGAGCUUUUCAGGAUAGGCAGGAUGCACACUUGUUGAUUGAGAUGGAGAGGAUGUUGAAGCAGGUUUAUCAUGUCCAGGAUCAGAUUGACAGUUUGUAUCAGACUCUUCGAGACCAUGAGAUGACAAACACCGAGAUUAUUAGCUCACAAAAGCUUAAAACAAUAUGUCUUCGACAUCAUCUUCCAUUCAAUGGAUCAUUGCUAGAGAAAAUAAUAGACAGACUGGAUCCCAGGGAUACUGGCAGGCUUAGUUGGGUGGAAUUCAUGGACUUUGUUGAGCGGGCCAUACCUCUACAGUCUGCCGGUAGCAGUAGACUAGGCCGACAUGAGGCCAGCUCUGACUUGCCCCCAGCCCAACCCACAUGGGAGACCAGACAGCCACUUCAAGCUGUUCCUCGUAAACAGGAGAUUGCAGCCAUGCGAGAGCAAGAGGAUAUAUAUCAUGGCAAACAGAAAUUAUUAGAUCAACAGCUGACAAAGCAAGGCGAAGAGCUCGCACAAGUGAUGAAUAAGCAACAGCAUCACCUUGACAGGAAACACAGAGCCUUACAGAAAGAUCACAUCGAAGAGGUUCAGAGGCUUGAACGAGACUUUGAAGAUGGUCGUCGUAGCCUCACACAGUGGGGGUCUGUACCACAGGGAGACCAGGAAGUCUUGGAGGAGCAGCACCGUGCUCUCCUGAGACAACAAUUUGAGUUGAUUGAGCAAAAGAGGAGAAUCCAAGAAGAGCAAGAAGAACUGGACAGACACAUUAGGAAUAAGGACUUGGACAUGAACUUACAUGGUGACGCUAGAGAGAGCAGGGUGGAGAGGUUUCUUCGACUCGCUAACGCCUUGUUCCUGUGUGAUAAAGAUGCCUCAGGAUUCGUGGAAGCUGACACUGCGAGCAGACUGGUGAAGAACUACAAUCUAGUGUACCAGCUGGACAUGCCGCUAGACACGAUAGAAAGCGCUUUCAGCACGUGCACAACACGUGACGAUAUGGUCAACAUCGACGAGUUACUCGAUCAACUCAAGAGAAACAUCUAAUUUGACACAGAAGAAAUGAGUCAGAGCUACAGUAGGUGUGAAACCAAAGUCAGGUUAUCAGGCUGCAUAGAGGCGCCUGAUAUAUGACACGCGUGUUUGCAACUGGAUUGAGGUCUACAGGAAAGUUUUUUGAGCACGGAACACUUAUCCACGGAGCAAAGCGAGGAUAAAGCAUGAGCUGCACUUCCUUUUAGGUUUAGCGCCUCGUCUGUCAGGAAAGAUUACUGAAAGAUCUUCGUUUUACUGGGACUGUAAAUACCAACCAGUAUUUAGCCUUUUGUACGCGCCUAGUUUUUUUUAAGCGUGCUUUUAGUGAUUGGCCAUGAGUCUGCCAAUUUCCUUUUUCCACGCUAAAACAAAAGCCUUCAAGUGACCUUUAUUUUAUUAGGUGUUUGUAGUUUGCGGCCUUUAGGAGCCGCGAGUAUCCAAAAUACACCAACAAUGUGAUACAGACUAUUCUGCGGCCCAAUUUCUCACGUAUAUUGUAUAUAAUCGGUAUGGAGUAUAUGGUCAAGCUAUACGAAUGUAAAAAAAAAAGAUAUCGGAGAUUUUUAUAAAACACUUAACGGAGUGUAACCCCUCCUAGCAAAUGUUAUAUUUUUAAUUCUUUUAAAAAGAGACCAUACGUUUGAAGCACAGUGAAUUAUUGUGAGAUGUAUAUAUGGGUGGUAUUUCUAAACUAUAAACCCGCACUGGUUAUGUCAUUAUGCAUCAACAAAUAUGAAAUCUAUAUCACGGGGUGAAGUAUGUUAAAGUCACCUGUAUCAAAGUGCCUUUGAUAGGAAAAUUAUAAAUACCUGUGAGACUUAUGUGUAAGUAUGUUUUGCAAGGGAUUAACGGCAGAGCAGUUUCGUC